AUGGAAGGUUUUCAUGUUAGCAUUACAGAGGAAGAAGCAGUUUCAGAUUUCGUCCUUGUUGCAAAUUUGAACGUGGAGGCUAUUGCCAAAAAUUUCACACCCAUAUGGAGAAUGAAAAACGGAUUUAGGGUGACUAAAGAGAGUGAUCAUGUGGUGCUCUUUACUUUUUAUAACCAAAAUGACAUGGAGCGAGUCCUUAAUACAGAACCAUGGAGCUUUGAUAAGCACCUUAUGGUUUUACAUUGGUAUGAUAAAGAGGUUGACGUUUUGGAUAUUGAUUUUAAUAUGGCUAAUUUUUGGAUUCAAGUACAUGAUUUACCAAGGGCUGUGGCUGAAAAAAUUUAUGGUACUACUGGUUUGGUGGACAAGAACACGGAGGAGGGGGAAAUUAUGGGCAAUGGUUUUAUUCAUGUAUGGGUUAAGGUGGACAUUUCAAAACCUUUGUGUAGAGGCCGAGUGCUUUCUUUGGAGAAUAGUAAGGAACUUUGUGCCUCUUUCAAAUAUGAGCGGCUACUAAACUUGUGUUAUUAG